CUCCUCUACUCUUGAAGAAGGUGUCUCUUAAAAACCUAUUUAAAGGAGAGGAGGGAUAGGUAGAAUUUAGGACACAGAGAGAGACCCAGUGAAGUUCUUUGAAGAUCUCUGAAGAAGGGAAGCUACAACUGAAGAUUUCAGAAGAAGACUAUAUCAAUGGCGAUGUUGACCAUUCUUCUGCUUCUCAGCGCUGCCAUUGUUCUGGGCGAGGCCUUUGAUCUACGUGCCGCAAAGGCUGGGGUGGUGGAGGAACAGCAGGAAGCAGAAGCAGCAGAGAGUGAUCGUCCAUGUCCCGGAGGUUGGACCAAAUACAAAUCACGUUGCUUUAUGUUUGUCAACAAUGCAAUGACAUGGCCCCAAGCUGAGAACCACUGUCUGUCCUUUCAAGCAAACCUGGCGUCUAUAAAAGACUGUGUGGAGAACUAUAAUUUACAGCAAUUGGUGUUGAGAAACACCGGCCAACAUCAACCUACCUGGAUUGGAGGAUUUAAUUCUGUUCAGAACAAACUAUGGUUCUGGAGUGACGGCUCCAAAUUUGAUUACCAGAGCUGGGGGCAAGGAGAGCCCAAUAAUUAUGGUGGCAAUGAGCACUGUCUUCAGAUGAACGCGGGAGGUGACAAAACGUGGAACGAUUUAAACUGUGAAGUGAAAUUGCCCAUGGUGUGCGCACUGAGAACCUGUUAAAUCCAGCAAAACAUCAACUCAACUGAAAAAUACAUGUUUUUCCAGUGUCAGCAUCCUAACUGAACACACAAGUCAAAUACUUUUAAAAUUAUUUGUUUCUGUAAAAUUAACAUUUUAGUUACUUGUUGUGCAUAAAUGUUGAGUAAUGAUUCUGUUGUUUGUUGUCAAUAAAACUGCUGUACACAUUAUUUUAAUUAUUAAACAUGAAUGAUACUGCCAUAAUUGUCAAAUCCUUUGAAAGGCUUCCAGUCUAGGAUCUGAGAGUCUGUUCAAUGGUCAUUUCAACUUUUGAUUCUUGAAGAAUAUAGUUCAUAAAUUCUUCUCUUUUAAGACCACAAAUUUGUAUUACUCCACGAACGUAAACAAACAAUGUAUGUACCUUUAAAAUAAGUUCAAAACUAUCAGGUGGAUGUCACAGACUGUCAGAGCACUGU